AUGGCAAAAUCAGGCGAGCAAUCAGUUAUACCCGUCGCAAUUCCAAAUGUUACAGUCACGAAGUCUGCGAUUAGGAACUGCGAACUCUCGAGGAUAAGAGGCUCCAAUUGUCUGAGCUCCAAUGCCCAUAUUCAGAGGGUUUAUAUAAGAUUCCUCUUGAUACCUGUUGGUGUGUGGGGAAAAAUCGUUGGAUCACUAUGUGCCAUUGCUGGAGUUUUGACAAUAGCUCUGCCGGUUCCAGUCAUUGUAUCGAAUUUCAAUUACUUCUAUCAUCGAGAGACUGAUCAAGAGGAGAUGCAAUCGCAAAACUUCAACCAUGUUACCAGCUGUCCAUAUCUUCCUGGCACUUUAGUCAAUACAUAUGGAAUUUUUCAGUUUUUUGACAAAAAUCAAUGCUUUUUCGAAGUUCGACAUUUUUUCAUGGAGCUGGGCGUCGCUUGGGAACAAACUCUCGCACAGGAACACAUUGAUCCACAACGUCUUCAAGCAAGCUGUUGA